CUAGUUUCGAGUACUAGGAGUCUUCUGCCACUCCUGAAACAUGGAUGUAGAGAACGUUAUUUUAAGUCAUCAACAACCAAAAAAAAAAGGGUGGAUUCAGGGCUUAUAUACAUUUGUGUUAGGUGAGCUUUUUUGUAAAAUCUAUGGCGCGCGUUGUGAUCCGUGAACAAAGACAUGAAAAAAGUGAUCUUAUUAAUUUGCUCAUGUGGAUGUGUUGCAGUUUUUGACAGCUAUGGAGAACAUUGGGUUUGUGGCAAAUAUGUCAUCACUAGUUCUGUACUUUCCAUCUUGUGAUGCAAUUUGACCUCUCUGCUUCUGCAAAACACACUAACAAAGUAACAAAUUUCCUCGGAUCAACUUAUUUUGUUGUCCAUACUCAGGGGUUUCGUAUCGGAUGCUUUCUUGAACAGGCUCUAUGUCUGCUUAAUCUUUGGCUUCUUGGAAGUACUGGGGUUGAUUAUUUGCUCUUUAUACAAGCAUAUUCAAAAAACUUGCAUCCUGAUCCCUGCGACGAAUCAAGCUGCUUGGGCCGAGGUGAAGCUCUCAUGUUUUAUUGUGCUUAAUCCUUCUGGCUUUGGGUGCUGGUGGUGUUAAAGGAUCCACGGCGGCUCUUAGCGCGGAUCAAUUUAACCGAAAACAUGAAAAAGAGGCCAGGCCAUUAGCUAGCUAUCUCAACUCACAUCACUUUAGCAUUAUAGUGGGAUCAGUAAUAGGAGUUACAGUUGUUAUCUGGGUAGCUAUGAACAAAGCCUGGUACUGGGGAUACCUGUUAGGAUUGAUCCCCACUUUCAUUGGAUUCGUGAUUCUCGCAAUCGGGUAGCCUUUCUAGCGCUUGCAAACUCCAAGCACUCUCCCCAUUCUUCAGAUAGCUCAGAGUUUUACAGUGCAUUGACACAAUUACCUUAAAACACUUGGGGAAAUUCGUCUUCCCCUUAAAUCGUCUGAAUUUUCCUACGGAUGUUGCUCUGUUUUCCAGGUUGUAGUUGCUGCAAUCCGAAACAGGCAUGUGCCUGUAACAAAAUCCUGGCAAGUUACACGAGACAGAAGAUAAAGAAGCUAUUGCGCACACCAGCCAAAUCAGUAGUUCAACAAUCAUGAACACUUGUAGAGUGAAAUGGCUCGAGGAAUGAUUUGAGUCUCCUCAUGUAUUGUGUUUAAUCUAUAAGAGAUGUUAUUUGUAAUUUUAUAUCCAUACACAACAUUCCCCACAAGCCAUUAUACUCAUACAGAAUUCACUAUUUCCAUCUUUAUAUGAUUAUACGAAUAUAACGUCUAACGUGUGGCCAUAUAUCUGACAGGUUGCUUGACAAAGCUGCUUGUGUUCAACGAGGUUAGAUCCUCUGCCGUGGAAAGUAUGCACACUUACACAAGUAGAAGUAAAGAUUUUGAUAAGGAUGCUUCCUAUUAUAUUCUGCACAAUUAUAAUGAACACAUGUA